UGAGAGUGCCCAGCCCUGCCUGCUGCUGCGAUGCAACCCCUCCUCCCCCUGCUGCUCAGGAGCAUUUGCCUGGAGCUGGGAACUGCAGACGGCUGAGCUCCCAAGUUUGAGCAUGGCUCCGAGAAGACUGAGAAGCUGGAGGUCACACACUCCUGCGGACCUGGGAGCUGACACACGGUCUAGGCGCCUUCGACUUGCCAAACCCUUCAUCUGCGCGAAGGACAGAGUGGACACAGCCCGAAGGCACUCGCACCUGGAAGGAUCUCUUUUUGGAUUCUGCUGCUGCUAACAGAGCUCUACAGACCUACUUGUAUCCACAGAGGAAAAAAAGUGGAAAUUUCUUUGAAACAGCAAGAUACUUUUCAAAGUGGGGAGUGGAAGCAGGCGGUUUCUCCCCUCCUUCCCUGUUUGGGAGAAAGGAGUUGCCCAACCUGGUCAUGAGACUUUUCCAUACUUCCCAAAGCAGGCUCCUCAAGUUAUGACGCUGCACCACUGAGAGCCCAGGGUAGUGUAGUCCAGAACAGCCCCCCAGCAGCGCACCCUGGGCACAGGCAGCCUGGUAGGCACAGGAGAUGGAGCAUGAGGGUGGCAAAUCUGUGGACAAUCAAAUGGACAAAUACAUAGUUACCAUAAUGGGGAAAUCAGAAAGUCAAAUGGAUAUUGUGGAAAAAUCAACAAAAUCUGGGAAGAAAUCCUGGAGCUUUGUGGCAAUCAGUCUGGCUGUCUUGCUGCUCCUCAUGACUUGUGCAGUGGUCGCCCUGGUGAUCCUGUAUGCCAGCAGCAGAGGCACUCACUACGGCAGCAAUUCAGGCAACGUAUGUACCACACCUGGAUGUGUUACAGCAGCUGCUAGAAUAAUUCAGAAUAUGGACCCAGCAGCUGAUCCUUGCAAGGAUUUCUACCAGUAUGCCUGUGGGGGCUGGCUGAACCGGCAUGUUAUCCCAGAAACUAGCUCCAGGUACAGCAUUUUCGACAUUCUGAGAGAUGAGCUGGAGAUCAUCCUAAAAGGUGUGCUGGAGACUUCAGAUCAAGGGGACAGAGAGGCAUUUCAGAAAGCUAAAAUACUUUACAAAUCAUGCAUGAAUGAAAGUCUCAUAGAGCAACGAGAUUCAUUGCCUCUGCUAGAGGCCUUAACGAUGGUUGGAGAUUGGCCAGUGGCUUCAGCAGACUGGAAUAAGACCAAAGAGCCAAACUGGAGCAUGGAAGAAAAACUCUCCAUAAUGAACUCCAGAUUUAACAAACGUGUUCUCAUUGACAUGUUUGUAUGGAAUGAUGACCGGGAUUCCAGCAGACACAUCAUUUAUAUUGACCAGCCAAGUUUAGGAAUGCCAUCCAGGGAUUACUACUUUAACGGGGGCAACUAUCAAAGGGUGAGAGAAGCUUACCUGCAGUUCAUGAUCACCAUUGCCAAAAUGAUCCGAGAAGACAAGAACGUGUCUAAAGAUGAUUCCUUUGUCCAAGAGGAAAUGGCAAAAGUUAUGGAGCUUGAAACAGAGAUUGCAAAUGCAACUACCCCAGCAGAAGAAAGGCACGAUGUAACCUUGUUGUACAACAAAAUGACCUUAAAGGAGCUACAGGAAAAGUUCGCAUUGAACGAAUUUAACUGGACCUUCUUCAUCCAAGGUGUCAUGUCUUCAGUAAGUGUUCAGGUCGACCCAGAAGAGGAGGUUGUUGUAUAUGGCAUGCCCUAUCUGCAAGAGCUGAAAGCAAUUAUCUCAAAGUACUCAGCAAGCACCAUCCAGAACUACCUCAUUUGGCGACUGGUGAUUGAUCGAGUCAGCAGCUUGAGUCGGCGUUUCAAGGAUGCUCGGGCCAGCUACAGGAAGGCACUAUAUGGGACAACACUGGAAGAAGCCCGCUGGAGGGAGUGUGUCAGUUACGUCAACAACAACAUGGAGAACGCAGUAGGAGCAAUGUAUGUCAGGGAGGCAUUUGCUGGUGAGAGCAAGCGGAUGGUCCGAGAUUUAAUAGAGAAGAUUCGCGAAGUGUUCAUCGAGACUUUAGAUGAGUUACAGUGGAUGGAUGAGGCAUCUAAAGAGAAGGCUCGUGAGAAGGCAAUGGCAAUUAAAGAACAAAUUGGCUAUCCAGAUUAUAUUUUGGAAGAUCAGAAUGAAAAACUAGAUCAGGAAUAUGCCAAUUUAAGCUUCAGUGAAAACAAUUACUUUGAAAACAUUCUGGAAAACCUGAGAGCUGGAGCCCAAAAGAGCUUGAAAAAACUUCGAGAGAGAGUUGACCAAGAUAUAUGGAUAAUUGGAGCUGCAGUGGUCAACGCAUUCUAUUCCCCCAAUCGGAACCAGAUAGUUUUUCCUGCUGGGAUUCUACAGCCCCCCUUCUUCAGCAAACACCAACCGCAAGCCCUGAACUUUGGAGGGAUUGGGAUGGUUAUUGGGCAUGAAAUUACUCAUGGGUUUGAUGACAAUGGUAGGAAUUUUGAUAAAGAUGGAAAUAUGUUUGACUGGUGGAGCAAUUUCUCAGCGAUGCAUUUCAAGGAGCAGUCUCGUUGCAUGGUGUACCAGUAUGGGAACUACACGUGGGAGCUUGCUGGAGGACAAAAUGUCAGUGGAAUAAGCACAUUAGGAGAAAAUAUUGCAGAUAAUGGAGGAGUCCGACAGGCUUAUAAGGCCUACUUAAAAUGGCUGGAACGGGAAGGGAAGGAGCCAAAGCUGCCUGGCCUGAAUCUGUCCCACAAACAGCUUUUCUUCCUCAACUUUGCCCAGGUUUGGUGUGGUUCCUACAGACCAGAAUACGCUAGCCAGUCAAUUAAGACAGAUGUUCACAGUCCUCUGAAAUACAGGGUGAUGGGAUCUUUGCAGAACUUUGAAGCAUUCUCAGAGGUAUUCCACUGUAAAAAAGGCACAGCCAUGCAUCCUGCAGAGAAGUGCAGAGUGUGGUAACCAAAAAGAACACCAGCGAGAAUGACACAGACUGGUGACACAACAAACAGUUCUUGCCAGCGAUGUGCCUGCUGUUCUCCCACUCAGUCACAGCCAAGGCUAACGGUGCAGCUACUGUAGUAACGAUCAAGGGAGCUCCAGCACUCCAGCUCUUACAGUUCUGCUGGGAAGUACCCAGGUAUCUCAGUGACUGACUGUGUCACUGUGCUGAAAGCCACCGUGCGCUCCACAACAGAAACGACUGUUUCAAAUGACAUCCUGACUGUUAUUAAGACACUGCAUCAGGGUUAAAAAGACUUAAUUCUUAAAUAAUAAUAAAAAAAAACCAAAACAAAACCAACAACAACCAUAUCUCUAUUUUUCAGAAAAGAACAAUAAUUUUAAUAUGUCUUACAACUACAUCUUCUGAGACUCAGUGAACCUGUUGGAGCUGUUCUCAGUGAACUGUUUUCCAGUGUUCUGAUUCAGUUUCUGGUGCAUUCUUCCCCAAUUCAGGUUAGAGCUAGCUUAAACUCUCAUGCUGUCCGUAUACUUGCACUUCGAUUACUGCUUUUGUUGUAAGGAAUUGCUAUUUGUCUUGCUACGUUACCGAGUGAGCUGUACGUUAAGAUGCCUGCCGGCUGCUAACUUCAUGCCAAGCUGCGCUCUCCUAUUGCACUCAAGUUCUUCCGCUCCAAAGAACAACUGUAACAUGACCUUAAAGUGAUGUAUGACUAGAUAGAAAGAUCCCAUAUUUAGGACUACAAAUUCUGUUGUUAUGGUUAAAAUUACAGCCCACCCGCACCACCCCACCCCACCCCUUCAGAGAUACAUUUAAAAUUAUGCUUAUUCUUGUAGAAAGUGUAUAAAAUACUUUUUGUCAAAGAGCAAACAUGUAUCUAUGGAAACAAUUAUGCUGUUUUUAAUCCUGUGCCUUUUCAUUUUGCCAUAGGCUAUUUUUCAGUAUUUACACUUGAAAAUGUAACAAGUAUUAAUUUUUAAUUAAAAAAAGAAACAAAAACAAAACCCAACCAAACAAACCCAAAAACACGGUAGCCAAUUCAGCACACAUUUUACUAUAGAGAGUUUUGGGUGGCUUCCCUCAGUAAGUAUUCUAAUACAGUGAUAAUAUUUUAAACUGCCAACACUUAAUAGUGAAUUUUAAAUACUCUUCCAUCAAAUGCUCCUCUUUCUAGCACAGAAAUCACUGGAAAGCAAGACAGUAACGCCUAGUGCUUAGCUUACCAAGUGCCAAAUCACACUAUUCAUUUGAUUCACAGAUUUCAGCACGCCACUAGCAAAAGGUUUGAUUAUCUAGAGAACGGGGAAGGAAAUGAAAAUCACUUGACAGAAGCAGCUUUGCCAGAAGAGAUGACCCACGGAAUUGCUCUGGCCAUUUGACAGUAAGAGCUGGCUAAAUCACGGAAUGAAACCCUCCUGAUUUUUGCAUGAAUUUUACCUGCUAAAGUGAAAUCAGCCUGCAGGUGAAUUGCCACUUUUACUGCAGCUGAGAAUAUAUAGUUCAAUUACAUGUUAUUUCCAUCCUAAAAGUCAUUUUGGAAGCUAACUUGCUCAGAGAAUCGGUGCUGCCUCAGGGAUCUACCACUCUGCCCUUCAGAGUUUUGAGAGUUGAGUACAGAAGGGAAAGUACUAAGAGGGUUUAGUUGCAAGUUUAUUUAUUUAACAUCUUUUCAAAAGACUAAGAACACUCUUCAGCACCUACCAGGAAGGUUGCUGUGCCUUAAAGUGAAUACCAUACUUAUAUACAAAAAUAAAGUGAAUAAACAAAUAUUACAGGAAGCACAGAAUGUGGCUUUCAACACAGUUCAUAGAAAAGGUGUUUCCCAUCAGAUUGUUUUCUGGGCAGCAUCUCAGACGCCUGUGUAUCCAGACCUCUGCCAGGGAAUGCAGCCCCAGUUACGUUUUGGUUUUGUCUUUAUUUCAGCUCUGUCUGUUACCUGCAGAGAAUGGCACUCGACAACAUUUAAUUCUAACAAAGAUCCUGAUUUGAGGCAGAUUAAUUGGGAGAAAAGGAUAAUUUUUUUUCAGAUGGGAACUGUUGGAUUCACAUAUGCCUGAAAAACUUAGGAUUGACCCACACUAAAAAAAACAACAAAACCCGGUGAAUAGGAGAGUGCACUACCGAGCUCCAAAAUCCCUUUAAAAAAAAAAAAAAGUUACAAUAUUCUACACUAGGAUCAAGGUCCCGUUUAAGUGACUUAAAAGCUCUUAAAGGAAAACAUGGAGGUAGCGAACCGGGCACGUACGUGUCACGCUCAUGCCUCCGCACAAUUUGAAGUGCUUCAGCUGUUAAAACUUUCGGUUCUACGGAGACGUGUAAAGAGAUGCUUAUUCCCUGCUGGAGCGCGGGCUGAGGUGCUGUGUGUGCCUGCACAUCACCCCAGAGCUGCGGUAGUUUAGAACACCACCCCCACACACACACAGAGCAGUAUUGCUGCACUGGACACUUGUCUGUCUCGGGAAGUUCCGUUCUGAUGCUGAACACCAACACCUUUUGAGUCAGGCUUAAUAACGCUACUAAAACACAACAGAAGCAAUUUCAUCUGAUAUUGCAGUAAAUUAUCGAUGCGACUUUAACAAGGAGGAUUCAAGUUAAAGCUAGUUAGGAGGUAACAUAGACUCUGUAUAAAACACAGAUGGACAGGAACUAAUUUAGAUGUUAAUGAAGGUUCCACUCAAACUAUGACUAACCAUGAGCUUUUGGCUCCAUCCAGGACUAGAACCAUGUAGUUAGAUUACAGAUGUAGCAGCAGAUCGGUGAGAUUCGGAUGUCCUGAAAGGCUUCAUGCCUACUGUACUGCCUUCUGCCUACCAUCAUUAGAGGUAAAGGCCAACAGAUCAGAUCAAAUGAGAAUUACGAAGCCCAGGUUCUGCGUAGGAACAGUGCUUUAAGGUGUCUGCAACUGGAUGUUGAAGCCAAGUCUAAUUACAUUUGCUUCUGGUUUUUAUUCACUUGUAAGAGAGUUUUUGCUCUUGAAUUAACCAAAUGCUCAUGUCCCAUGCCUUGUUAAAACCGACUGUCAUACCGACUAGGUUUGUUUUUGCUCCUGGAUCAGAUCAUACGUGUAAUAGACCAGGGACUUUUAAUUAUCUAAAUUGCUCUUUAUAAAAAGUGACGUGAUCUAGAACCUCCUUAGUACGAAAUGCUGUCCAAGCUUUGUUGCAGCCAUUAAGUUAGGUUCACCUUUCUCAUCACAUCUAAAACGGGUGUUCAUAGAAAGAUCAUUUGACUACUGCUCCCUAUUGGAAGGAUUUUCAUUUGUUUUAACAUUGAAUGACUGGCUACAAGACAGUCAAGUGCUCUGAUAAAUCAGCUUUUGUGAUUUAAUUAUUCAUGUAUGGUGGCAGGCAAAAUAAACUGUAUUUAACUGCA